AUGCACAGCCUACGCACAUUUUCUUUAAGUCGGUCCGCCGAGGAUUUCAACCAUGGUUUCUCAAGCCGGCCUCGAUUUUACGGUGCGAUGGCGGCUAAGCGGCUAAAAGGACUUUAUUUUGCAAACAUUGCUGCUGCGACAGCCGAAUUAAAUGGACCGACAGUCGACAGAUAUGGUGGACCUGAUCACGGAAUCCAUAUUCCAGCGGCUGGUAAGGACUUGUGA